AUGGGGGAUUCAGAAUCUUCAGAAAAAUUGAAAUUGAUUGACUGCAUUACCUGCAGAUAUUUCUCUUCUGGUGACAACCUGACAAUUGACCAUGUUAUUCCAAUUUCGCGUGGUGCUAAAUGGGAAUGGGAAAAUUUGGAGCUCACCGUCUUGACCUGUGUUUCUGGUUCACAAACUGUCAUAACAUGCACAACCAUUUCUGGUUGUCGAUAUGAGAGUGCUUUGCGCCGACGGUCUAAGCGAGUGAAGGCGACGUCAAUCUACCUGAGUUCUGUGAGUGUUGCGUCGGGAGUAUCAGGCAACCGCCGGAGCAACAAGCUUGCAGCUUUGGAGUGUUCCGACUUCUCGAUAGCUAGGCUUAUGUUCCGACUUCUCGAUAGCUAGGCCUAUGUUCAGAGAUGGUCAGCUCGAAAAAUAUGAGAUAAUAAGGCCCCAGGUCACAUCAAACCGACAACAGAUGGUCCACCGCUCAACCCUGUGAGGCUGAAAUCUUGAAACUGAAGGACAUCUUUUUUACAUUUGCUUCUCCAAAGGAAUUGGGAAUGGUUAAAAGAUGAUCUGUAUGUUUACUAAUGUACUGCUUUGCGAGAACACAAUGGCAAAGUGAAUGUGCUGAAGCUUGUUUUAUGGAACUAACAACUUGAUUGAACAAAAUUAACGCAGAUUGUAAGCGUGUACUUUUUGUACCUGCUUCUUUAAUCGAGUAUUGUUCUUGGUUUA